CGGUGCCCGCCUGGCGCGUGCGCGGCCGCCGCUCGGUUUGGGCGCCGCCGACCCCCCCGCCCCCCCCGCUGGACCUGCCGCGGCUCCGGCUGCUCUUCGGAGAGUCCCGCGGGGCCGCCCCGGGGCAGCGCCCGACCCCCGCCGCCGCGUUGCUGGAGCCCAAGCGGAGCCUCGCCAUCGGCGUCUUCCUCAAGCAGGUCAAGCGACCCGUCCGCCAGAUCGUGCGGGACAUCCAGGAUGGCGUCGGGGAGCCCUACGGGGCCGAAAAGCUGCUGGAGCUCUGCCGGCUGCUGCCGGGAGCCGCUGAGGUGUCCCGGCUGCGCUCCUUCGCCGGCAGCCCCCGCCAGCUCCCCGAUGCCGAGCUCUUCAUGCUGCUGCUCAUCGAGGUGCCCAGUUACGCCCGACGCUUGGAGCUGCUGGUGCUGCAGGAGGAAUUCUUCCCCCGGCUCAGCGCCCUGCGCGCCGCCAUCCAGACCCUGACGGCCGCCGCCGAGGAGCUGCUGGAGUGCCAGGAGCUGCACGUCCUCCUCCACCUCAUCCUCAGCGCCGGCAACCACCUCAACUCGGGCGGGUACGCGGGCAGCGCCGCCGGCUUCCGCCUGGCUUCGCUGCUGAAGCUGCCCGACACCAAGGCCAACGAGCCGGGCAUGGACCUGCUGCACUUCGUGGCCAUGGAGGCGGCCAGGAUGGAGAAGAACCUGCUGGACUUCCCCGGCAAACUGCGGCACGUGGGCCCGGCAUCGCGGAUCGACGCGGCGGAGGUGGAGGGGGAGCUGCGGCGGCUGGCGGGGCGGCUGGCGGGGGCGCGGGGCGCCGAGGGGCCGGGGCCGCGGCUGCAGCCCUUCGUGGGGGCGGCCGAAGCGGAGCUGCGGGGGGCGCGGGACGCGCUGCAGCGGAUGCACCGCGUCGCCAACGACGCCCUCGACUACUUCUGCGAGGACGCGGGGCCCGGCGCCCUGCCCGAGCUCUGCGCCGUCCUGCACGCCUUCGCCACGCGCCUCCUCGCCGCCGCCCAGGAGAACCGUGCGCGGGAGCAGGCGCAGCGCCGGCGGCAGCAGAUGGAGCGGGAGCGGCUGAAGCGUCGCUCGGUGGCCACGUGCUCGGCGCGGGACGCGACCCCCCGGGAGGCCACGACGGACGCCCCCCUCCCGCUCACCCCCCAGCCCGGCCGUCACGGCCUCCGCUCCCCCCGCCCCGGCCCCCCCCUGCCCCCUGCCAUCCCCACGGCGCCGCCCCAGGCGGGGGGCUGCCCCCAGCCCCCCCCGGGCGCCCCAGCCGGCGGGCAGGGGGGGAUCUCCCAGCCUGGCCCCGAGCCGCCCCCCCCGGCCACCGCCGCAGCCCCCCCCAGCCCCCAGCCCCUCUUCAGCCUCUUCCCGCGGCGGGGGGCUUGCGCGGAGCCGGGGACCCCCCCGUCGCCCCCCCAGGGCUCGGCCCUGAUGGCGUUCCUGCGGCGCCUGGUGGGGGGGGCGGGGGGCCGGGCCCCCCCCAGCUGAGGGGCUGCUGGGCCCGGCUUUUAUCUCCCCCCGUCCCCAUCCCCGCUCCCCCGCUUUGCUGUGACAAUAAACGCUGAGGAUCACCCCGGCCUCCCGCCGCCGGGCACGCCACGGCACGGCCACCACCA